AUGUCAAUCUCAACCUUCUACCAUUCCAUGGCUGAUUUCGUGGCGGCUACGCCAGCAGUCUGGGCCUGGGUAAUCCUUUGCGGAGUUGCCGCCCUGGUAGCCUUCCGCAACUCUAUGCCGAAGACACCCAACGUUCCUCUCGUAGGAUUCGAUGUGAAAGACGCCAAAAAACGGAAAGCUCAAUACAGCUUUGAUGCCCCAGGAAUUGUUCAGAAGGGAUAUGAGCAGUUCAAAGACCGUAUCUUCGGUGUCGACACUGCCGAUGGCGUUAAGCUUGUAUUCCCUCAUCAGUAUGUGGAAGAGAUUUCCAAAGAGCCUGGGUUGAGCUUCCACAACUCCCUUGAUCAUGAUUUGCUUAUCGACUACACCUACAUGGGAGGGCUGAAGGAGUUCUCUCUAACUACCUUCAAGAAAGAAAUCAUUCCCCACCUGCCAAAGUUCAUUCCUGAGUUCACUGAACUUAUCCAAGGCUACAUUCCUGAUGCUCUAGGAGACAACAAAGACUGGACUCCGGUGAACAUAUAUCCCAAGAUGCUUCGCAUGCUCGGUACUCUCACCGCCAGAGUUAUGAUUGACAACAAGGCACCACACAACGAUACAUGGAUUACCCUAACUACGGAGUAUGUCCAGUCUGGCAUAUUAUAUGCUCAUCAGCUGAAAUUCUGGCCUGGCUUCAUGAGACCGUUGGUUCACAGAUUUCUGCCGGAAUACUCAGAGAUUCAACGACAAUUGAGUGACGGGCGCUCAAUUUUAGUGGAGGCCAUUGGGAACUUCAACAAGAGAGAGAACCAAGGAUCAACCGAACCACAGCCGACGAGUGUCUUGUAUCAUAUGUCGCGCAAGGCAGCCGGAACCUCUUCGUCGAUCAUCGACAUGCACCUCAAGGAGCAGAUGAAUCUCGCAGUUGGAGGCAUUCACACUACGUCCGCCGUUUUGACACAAACUCUGUUCGAACUCUCUUCUCAUCCCGAGUAUGUUCCGGAGCUGAGGCAGGAGGUUGUUAAUACUCUGCGCAAGUUUGACGGUGUUCUCUCAAAGGCAGCUCUGUGGGAUAUGCACAGGCUUGACAGCUUCAUCCGUGAAGCCCAUCGUCUAAACUCACCUAAUCUGACUACCCUGCAACGACGCGCAACAAGAGAUGUCACCUUAUCAGAUGGCACAUUCAUUCCCAAGGGCACCAAGCUAGAAUUCCCCACCUUUGCAAUCCACCGCGAUACCGACUUCUACGAAGACGCAACCAACUUUGAUGGAUACAGAUUUCUGAGGAAGCGUCACGAGGAUGAGGAGACCAGUGCCAAGCAUCACUACGUCAGUGCUCGCAAAGAUAUGUUGGGAUGGGGUUACGGAAAGACAGCUUGCCCCGGCCGAUUUCUCGCCGAUAUCGAAAUCAAGCUCAUCGUUGCCUUCAUCCUUCUGAACUAUGAUAUCAAGAAUCCAGAGGGCCAAGGAAGGCACAAGAGUGUGCACUUCGAGAACCAGGUGUUUCCUAACCCGUCGAACCCGGUCUUAAUCCGAAAGAUUCAGCGAGGGAAAAUCGAUAAUCUAAAAAUUGGGAAAAUAUAG